AGUUGCUGUCGGAUUGGAUCCAGCCCGACUCGCGACUUGCAGCCGUGAUGGCAUCCAGCAUCUAGAUUUGGUGUAAAGAUGGCUGCGUCAGCUGAAAUAGUCUCGACGAGCAGCCGGGCUGAAGAUGGCAACAGCAAACAAGCGCGCGCCACGAUGAUUGCUGCCAUCAGCAACCUUUCCACUGCGUACAACCUUGUGAACUGCAAUUUGACCAACGAAGUCAUGGAGAACGAGUUCUGCGGUGGUGACCACUGCAACGCUUCAGUGACCGCCACAAGCACUUCUUGUUUAGCAGGGGCCAUUUUUGGCCAGCUUACCUUUGGAUACGUUGGUGACUGGCUGGGCCGAGGGCCUGCGCUGCACUUGACGAUGGUCAUGUCCAUAACCGGCGCUUUGGUCUCCGCUUUCGCCGUGCCAUUGGAUCCCAAGAAUCCUGCAUCGGUAUUUAUUUUUCUGUGCAUUUCACGAUUUAUCCUCGGAGUCGGCGUUGGUGGAGUCUACCCCUUAGCGGCAACAGUCGCGGCAGAGGGCUCGGAUAGCUCGAGUCGAGGCCAAUCUGUGGCGAUGGUCUUCUCCAUGCAGGGCGUAGGUCAGCUGAUGGUACCUCUGGUGGGCAUGGCCUGUCUCUACGCCUUUGGUGAUGAGAUGGACCGUGCUGAGGAUAGGCCAAUCCCCGGAUUGUCGUGGCGGCUGAUUCUCGGUUUUGGGGCGCUGCCAGGCCUUUUGCUGAUGCCGUUCCAGGAGAGGGCUCAGGACCAACCUCGUGAAGAGCGCGCCCAGCAACCAAGCCUGCUCGAGGCACUGCGCAACCGCGCUUACUGGCGAAGUAUCGUGGGCUGUGCCGGCGGCUGGUUUCUUUUUGACAUCACGUUCUAUGGAAAUUCACUGUUUUCACCAUCCGUUCUGCACAGUGUGUUCCACGCGGGCACGGGAGAGACGCCGGUCAUUGGAGAUUCGAUUAAGAACAACUUGUGCUGGCAGCUGACCAUUCUGGCUCUUUUGGGCCUCCCCGGCUACUACGUGGCGGUGUGCUAUAUGGAUAAACUGGGCCGGAAAGUUAUUCAAAUCCAGGGCUUUGCGAUGAUGGCUUUGCUGUACUUGGGCUUGGCACUGUUUCUGGACAAGAUGGAGGAACUCCCAGCAUUACUACUUUUUGUUUAUGGCUUGACGUAUUUCUUUAGCAACUUUGGCCCGAACAGCACCACCUUCAUUCUGCCAUCCGAAUCCUUCCCCCGGGAAGUGCGCUCCACGCUAAAUGGAUUCUGCGCCGCAAGCGGAAAGAUGGGAGCUGUUGUGGGCUCGGCGCUCUUCAAGCCGCUCAUUCUGGCAUUUGGCACCAGCUUCGUUUUCCUUUGCUGCGCUGUUUGCGCGGUGCUGGGCAUCAUCAUCACCACCUUUUGCGUGGAAGACAGGCGUGGGCAGCAGAUGAUGGGAGAAGGCACGGCCGAGUGUUUGGCAAGUGCACGUCAUGACGUCGACCUGGGAGUGGAGUCAACGCAGGCUUCGCAAAGUAGCUGCUAAUUCCUUGCAUGAUUCGGUACUGGUAGCGCGCUUUGCCGGUUUGCUCAGCCUUUUGAAAGCCUUCCAAGGGGAAUGGUGGCAAGCAUAUGCUAGAUUGGCUUAUCAAGGUCUUUGACUUCCUUG